AUGGAGAGUGAGGAAAGUGCUAGGCAAGAAGACAAUAGAAACGUCCAACUAUCUUCAAAAGACUUCAAUGGGUCAUAUAGAAAUUCAUCAUACUUAGCUAUGCAUAAUCUUAAACAGAAGAACUGCUCGCCACGAAAAUGCAGAUCAAACAUGAAUUCUCCCCAAAUGUCUAAUGUAUCCUUAUCACAACUGAAAUUAGAUGACAUAACAACAGCAGAUAAUUGGAAAAUGCUAGAUGACUUUGAACUAGAGGAACUAAGAGAUGGUUUCUUUGAUGCAACAUAUACAAGACCGAAAAGAGCGAUAUUACUCGAUGAUCAUAUAGGCUCAACCAAAUCGACACAACAUUUAAAACCAAUAGAAAUCAUACAUAAUACUCCAAAAAUAUUUCGAGAUAUAUAUAAUAAGAGCAUACGAAAUUGGAAACUGUUAUUGAAGUUUUUCCUUGCAUAUCUUAUUGCUAUGAUUAUCUGCGUGAUACAUCCUGCAGGGAAAUGGAUAGGGCAUAAAUAUAGGUAUUUCAUGCCUAUUUCUGUAAUACUACAUCACCCCGCAAGAAAUGUUGGGGUGCAAUUAGAGAUGACUGUAGAAUCAUGUGUUGGUCUAAUAUUUGGACUAGGAUGGUCAUCAUUGGCUUGGUAUGUCUCUACAGCAACUGGUCCAACUGCGUCCCACCAAGGAGGUAUUUUAUUCCAAAGUUUAGUGAUGGCACUUUGGUUUGCUAUCUGGGUAAAAGCCUACUACAACCGAUUAUUCUAUUUUUGUCAAUCAUUUGGUAUAACUAUAUUAUUUACCCAUACGGUCAAUUUAGUGUUCCACGCAUCCGAGUUGGAAUGGAUGCUAUUUAGAGACUUUACCCUAUCAUAUGUAUUUGGUAUCGUACUUUCACUUUUAAUCAGUACAUUUAUAUUUCCAACUAAUGGUAAUGCAAAGAUGAUACAGACCUUGGAUGAAACAGUAAAUAGUAUUAAAUUUUUUUUAAUGGCAUUAGUGGAUAAGGACAAAUAUGAUGAUGUUGAAUAUAUUUCGAGCGCUCAGCAAAAUAUGACAAAAUAUUUAAAUGUAAAACUAUCCCUAGUUUAUAGAGACUUCUUGAAUCAAUUUACAAUAUUCAAUUUUAAGGCAUCUAAUCUAAAAAGACUCAGAGAUGCAUUAACAGUUAUAUCAAGUCCUCUCCGAGUAAUUCCUAUUAAACAAAAACUGUUUGAUAAUCUACUCUUAGAACGCUUAUAUCAAGAAGUUGAUGACCGUAAACAUGAUAUGGAAGAAACAGGAGAAAAAUAUGACACAGAUGCCCUACCGUCAGGCUAUAUCACUGGAACAUUUACUCCAGUAUCAGGUGUUCCAAAUGGACCUCAUAUCUCAUUAUUAAAUGAUAUGAAUGACUUUUAUGUCAAUAUUCUUCAAAAAAAAUUUGCUAGAAAUACACUACAUUUGAUCCUUGAGAUGAUUGUGGUGAUCGACAAAAUAUCGCAACUCCUUCAACUCUAUAAAACUCAAAGACAUAACAAGAAAGAAAUUAUAGAAACCAAGGAGGCCUUGAAUCGUUAUAAAUUGAAAUUACAGAAAAUGAUAUUCAAUAUCGAUACGAGUUAUAACAAUUUUAUAGGAUCAAAUCUGUUUUCAGAGGAUAUCAUUAAAGAUUUUGAAUGUGUUGAUAUAUUUUUGUUUAUAAGAUAUUCGAGAAGUUCCGCAAAACAUUUACUGAAUGUUCUUGAUGAAGCAACCAAUUUAGACACGGAGGCAAAAAUGAGAAUAUCUACACCAAAGCUUUCUGCAUUCAGAACUUUACAUCGUUUACCAGACCAAUGUUUAAUGGACCAAGGUCUUGGAAAAUCACUAGUAUACUUUGAAACUAAAAAAGAUGUUGAUGAGAUAUUCGAAAGAUCGUACAACUCUUACACCUCCCGUCAUGUAUAUAAUAGAAAAAACGAAACAUUUUCCUCCACUCGAGCCAUUGAUCACACUGAUUUUAACUUUCAUACUACCCAAAACUUUGCAAGAUUUAAAUUAUGGAAAUUUACGAAACUUUUAUCCGGACGUGAGAUGAAAUGGACACUUAAGUGCUUAUUCUGCAUUAUAUUUCUUUGCUUACCCACUUGGUUACCAGAAUCUUACAGAUGGUACCAAGAAUUUCAGUGCUGGUGGGCUCCGUUGAUAUUUUUUAUAUUGAAUCACAAUAAGCCUGCUGGUAAAAUGAUAUAUUUAGCCAAUAGAUUGGUCUGUGGUAUCAUUGGUAUGUUCUGGGGUUGGGCAGCAUGCCAGGCACAUCAUUUUGGUAGUCCUUAUGUCAUAUGUGUCUUCGCAGGUUUGAUUUGUGUCCCGUCCGCAAUUAAUCAGCUAAUAUACAAAAAUUCAAAGUCGAGUAAUACUGCAAUGAUAUGUUUUACAGUAAUUUCUCUGGAAGCUUUUUCGAAGAAUCCCCAUACUUUAAAAACCUCUGUCAUAUGGAAAAAUUGUUGGACUACAUCAUUAAGUUUAAUAGUAGGGAUUGUUGUUUCUGUUGCAAUUAAUUGGAUAUUUUGGUCUUAUAGGUCAAGAUCUGAAUUAAGAGUAGCUGUGUCAUAUUUAUUAUCUCAUCUGAGUCAGUCAUAUCAAACGGUUACCGAACGUUACCUCUAUAGAGAUUUGAAUGAUGACCCAACAGAGUUAAGUUCGAUGUUUUCUCAUAUUAGAGAAGUGCGUCUCACAAGAAAUAUCGAAGCUAUUCGACAGCUAUUGGAAAGGACAAAGAGAGAACCGAUAUUUGUUUCGAAUUUUAAUGCCAAUAAAUACGAACGGCUUUUAAAUGCAUGCCAGAAUGUCUUUGAAAGAAUGAUUGAGGCCAGAGUUUCAAGUACCUACUUUGAAAUUUGGAACCAAGAUCGUAAUACUGAUGCCACAAGGGCUUUAUUAUCUUUAAGAAGGGAUAGCACGUCAUCUGUUAUCUAUGUAUUCUACAUCCUGUCGAACUGUUUUAGAUCACGAAAUAGAAUACCAAGGUACCUUCCUAGCUCUGUUACUGCUAGACGACGUCUGUUUGACUUCAUGUCGAAAUUUGACAAAAAUGAAGCGCAUUUUACACCUAUAAAAGGAGAUCAACAGGAUAACCUAGAAAAACAAUUAUUUAAGAAAUUAGGGAAAUAUCAGAACAGAGAUCCUAAUACGCAAGCCGAUAGUAAUGAGACAUUAUCUAAGGAUGAAACUGAAGAGGAUAAUGAAGAGGCUAGAUGGAAAGAUAUAUAUGGGGUGGCAUUUGCAAGAAGUUUUACGGCUGUCUGUGAAUCUAUGGAGGUUGUAAUUGAAUGCUGCAAAGAUAUAUUAGGGGAAGAAUACUACUAA